CUUAUUUCUUUCCAUAUUUUAUUACCAUGAAAAUUGAUCCCCGCCACAAACCGAUCGACGCGCACUGACGAGUCUGACGACGCGACGCAUCAACUCGUUUGACCUCAAAUCGUGUCGGCCGACGAGAGAUCGCUUCGCCAGUUCAAAGCGACUUGUCGGCAAUUCGAUCAUUAGUUCCUCAAAAAUGGAAGAAAGCACGUUGAGGCUGCACUGGACGAUGGAGAACAUCGAAAAAUUCAUCCGUUUGUACAGACAACACGAGUGUUUGUGGAACCCUGAACUGGAGAGUUACAAAAAUAUCCAGAUGAAGAAAUCGGCGGUGCAUAGAAUAGUCGCCGAUAUGCGAAUGACAGGAUUGACACCUAUAGUGGCCAAGGAAAGGAUCAGAUCGAUCAGGACCAUGUAUCGCAGGGAACUGAACAAAGUUAUAAAAUCCUCUGUGAGCGGGGCAAGUGGUAAAUACGUGUAUAAGCCGAAAUUAUUUUGGUUCGAACAGAUGGACGCUUUUCUCAGACCAAUCGCGAUUUCACGGAUGGAUGCUGCAAAUUUGGGUUGUAGAAGCAUAUCGACAUCUCAAAACGCAGACACCAACGAGGACAGUGACGACAAUUUCUCCUUCCAAGAACACAGAGUCGACGAGGACUUCACCGAAGAUACUUCUUUGGCGCACAGCGAAGAACACAGAUCAACUUCAAAAUGUUCCCCUUCCAUAGAACAAUCUUACAAAAAACGAAAGUUAUCAACGAAUGAUUUAUACGGUCUUCACGAAUCGCAAUCAAACGGUAAUAAUCUAUCUUCAGAAGAAAAUGAAUUCGAUAUAUUUGGCAAAUUCAUUUCUGCGCAACUGAAGAAGCUUCCGUUGAUAACCGCCCUCCAGUGCCAACAGAAAAUUCAGGAUUUUCUCACUUCCAAACGCAUAGAGAUUCUGGAAUACCACAACGCCCGUAGAGCAGAAAAGUCUGACAUAUCUCGAGGAGCUUCACCUUUUUCUAGUUUUAUUGAUGUAGACUACGAGGAGAAACCAAAUAUAGUCAACAAGGAUGAUUUAUAUGAAGAAAAGAAUUCUAACUGAGGUUUUAUAAUGCACUGUAUGCAAACUGUGAUAUUUAUCAAUUGUUGAGGAUUAUGGGGAAUGGAUAAAUUGUACAUAUGCAUAUAUAUGUAUAUUCUUCAUCACCAGCAUCCGCCUUCUGAUAUUCUCCUCUUCAAGAAAGGUAGAGAAAUUAUCAAGUGGAAUCACUUCUAUUUAUCUUGAAUAUUGUAGAGUUUGAAGGAUAUGUAGCGCACAAAAGCAAUAACAAAAAUGGAAAAUUUUUAGA